AUGUGGUCCACCGUCUCCCUGGCAGUCGCAACUGUAUUUCUAUCGUCUCUCGCCUUGAAUUAUCAUGCUAGAUUGAAGGCCGUUGGUCAUCUACCUGGUUUUCGCGCCGCGUUUGGCUCCUUCUCCCUUUUUGGAGCCAUACUCCCGACUUCCUGGUUCAAUCCUGGUCUGAACUGGCAGUGGUUGUGGAGGAAAUCAGUGUAUCGUUAUUAUGGCUCUCGAACCAUCUCUUCUGUACCAUUCCUUUCAGGCGAACCCUUGAUUAUUACCGGCUCUCAUGAGGUUGCAGAGCAUGUUCUCAGUGCACCAUCCGGCUAUUGGAAGGCUCCUGACUCAACUGCUGCGUUAAUGCUCUGGGGUGACAACGUCAUUUCGUCUAACUACGAUGCCUACAAGCGCCAUCGCAGGAUAGUUGGGCCCGCAUUUACUGGCACGACGUAUGCUCUUGUUGCUCGUGAGACGGUGAAACUUUACCAUGAGAUGGUCGAAGGAGAGAAGUGGGAUCAGUUAACGGAGGUCUGUGUGCCCGCAAUCAACAUUUUUAUGGCAAAGUUUGCACUGGGAAUUAUCACACGCUGUGGUUUCGGACUCCCUUUUCCAUGGAUGAGAGACGAGACGCACGAAAUGUCCUUCGGUGAAGCGCUGGCUAUAGUUUCAGAACGGAACAUUGUACGUUUGGCCACGCCUCGUUGGGCGUAUAAACUUCCGAUUCAAAAGCUACGUGAAGUUGAAGAAGCUUAUCUAAGGCUUUCAAACUUCAUGAAUGAGUUUGCUCGUGCGCGCAAAGACGAGCUGUCGUCAACGACUGAAGAGGUUCACCUAAGGGAGCACGACCUCUUCACUCGACUUGUCAUGGCUAGUCAGGCGGAAGGCCGAAAGGGACUAGAUGACAGUGAACUUAUUGGCGACAUUUUUGCAUUCAUGUUUGCGGGUCAUGAGACUACAGCUCAUGUAAUGUCCGCCACGGUAGCGCUGCUCGCUCUCCACGAGGACGAACAAUUGAAGGUACUGGAACAAAUUCGUGAGCUGCUGCCUGGUAAUAGAGAUCCCGCAUUUGAAGACUUCGAAAAACUCGAUAAGGUUAUGGCCUGUUUUGAAGAAGCCGCAAGGAUGUUCCCUGCGGGAUCUAUUGUCACUCGCGAUACCACGCAAACUAUUACACUGAAACUCUCUGCACAAAACGGUGACCGAACACUUGUACUUCCUCCCGGAGUGAGGAUCAUGAUCGAUAUGGUUGGUGUUCAUUAUGAUCCUGCAAUAUUUCCUGAUCCGGAGCAAUUCAAACCGUCACGUUGGUAUGGUAUACCGGAAAGCGAUCUUACGUUUUUUGGGUGGGGGCCCCGCGCAUGUCUUGGCAGAAAGUUCGCUAUGAUGGAAGCUAUAUGUUUGCUCACGAUGCUCGUGCGCGACUGGAACCUCAGCCCUCUCUUGGAAGCUGGUGAUACGAAGGACAAGUGGAGAGAGCGGGUAUUACAAGGUAGCCUGGUUGGUCUCGGCUUCGGGAUUCGUUCAGCUCCAAUACGUCUUACAAGAAGGUGA